AUGACGAACCAGGAGAAGUGGGCUCACCUUAGUCCUUCUGAAUUCUCUCAGCUCCAGAAGUAUGCUGAGUAUUCUACAAAAAAAAUCAAGGAUGUCCUGGGAGAAUUCCAUGGCAAUGGCGUGCUAGCAAAGUAUAAUCCUGAGGGGACCAUAGACUUUGAAGGUUUCAAGCUGUUCAUGAAAACAUUUCUGGAGGCCGAGCUCCCUGAUGACUUCAGUGCCCACCUCUUCACAUCCUUUAGCAACCAAGCUCCUCAUUCCAGCCCCUUGGUCAAAAGUAAACCUCCCCUCCUCUCCGGGGGUUUGCGGAUGACUAAAGGUGCUGUGACUCCCCCCCACACUUCUCCAGCCAGUUUGCACAUACCACAAGUCAUCCAGCUGAAAGAUAUUGUCUGCUACUUGUCCUUGCUGGAACGAGGGAGACCUGAAGACAAACUAGAGUUCAUGUUCCGCCUCUAUGACACGGAUGGCAAUGGUUUCCUGGACAGUUCGGAGCUGGAAAACAUCAUCAGUCAGAUGAUGCACGUGGCGGAGUAUCUCGAGUGGGACGUCACAGAGCUCAGUCCGAUACUUCAUGAAAUGAUGGAAGAGAUCGACUAUGACCAUGAUGGCACCGUCUCUCUGCAGGAGUGGAUUCAGGGAGGGAUGACAACCAUUCCCUUACUGGUGCUCCUUGGCUUGGAAAACAACGUGAAGGAUGAUGGACAGCACGUUUGGCGACUGAAGCAUUUUAACAAGCCAGCCUACUGCAAUCUUUGUUUGAACAUGCUCAUCGGCGUGGGGAAGCAGGGCCUAUGCUGCUCCUUUUGCAAGUACACAGUCCAUGAACGCUGUGUGGCGAGAGCGCCUCCAUCUUGCAUCAAGACCUAUGUGAAGUCCAAAAAGAACACAGAUGUCAUGCACCAUUACUGGGUUGAAGGCAACUGCCCAGCCAAGUGUGACAAGUGUCAUAAAAAUGUCAAAUGCUACCAAGGCCUGACUGGACUUCACUGUGUUUGGUGUCAGAUAACACUCCAUAAUAAAUGUGCCUCUCACCUCAAACCUGAGUGCGACUGUGGAAUCUUGAGGGACCAUGUCUUACCACCCACAGCAAUCUGCCCAGUGGUGCUGACUCUGCAAACUUCAGGAGUUUCACUUCCUGAGGACCGCCAAGGGACCGUGAACAAGGACAAUGAAUCCUCCCAGCAGGCCAACAAGGCAGGAGACAAGAACAAAAUGCAGAGAGCUAACUCUGUGACUGUGGACGGGCAAGGCCUACAGAUUACUCCAAUUCCUGGCACUCACCCACUGUUGGUUUUUGUCAACCCCAAGAGUGGUGGGAAGCAAGGAGAAAGAAUCUACAGAAAAUUUCAGUAUCUCUUAAAUCCUCGCCAGGUUUAUAGUCUUGCUACAAAUGGACCCAUGCCAGGGUUAAAUUUUUUCCGAGACGUUCCUGACUUCAGGGUCCUGGCAUGUGGAGGAGAUGGAACAGUCGGCUGGAUUUUGGACUGCAUAGAGAAGGCAAAUAUAGUCAAGCAUCCUCCAGUUGCUAUCCUGCCUCUUGGGACCGGGAAUGACCUCGCCAGAUGCCUCAGAUGGGGAGGAGGCUAUGAAGGGGAGAGUCUGAUGAGAAUCCUCAGAGACAUUGAGAACAGCUCCCAGAUCAUGCUGGACCGAUGGAAGUUUGAGGUCACCCCGAACGAUAAAGAUGAAAAGGGAGACCCAGUGCCUUACUCGAUCAUCAAUAACUAUUUUUCCAUUGGCGUGGAUGCCUCCAUCGCCCACAGAUUCCACAUUAUGAGAGAGAAACACCCAGAGAAGUUCAACAGCCGAAUGAAGAACAAGUUUUGGUAUUUUGAGUUUGGCACCUCGGAGACAUUCUCGGCGACCUGCAAGAGGCUGCAUGAAUCUGUGGAGAUUGAAUGUGAUGGCGUGCAGCUAGACCUAAUAAACAUCUCGCUGGAAGGAAUUGCUAUUUUGAAUAUUCCCAGCAUGCAUGGAGGAUCCAAUCUUUGGGGAGAGACCAAGAAAAGACGCAGUCAUCGCCGAACUGAAAAGAAGGGGUCAGACAAGAGAACAACUGUCACUGAUGUUAAGGAGCUAAAGUUUGCAAGCCAAGAUCUGAGUGAUCAGCUGUUGGAGGUGGUUGGUCUAGAAGGUGCCAUGGAGAUGGGACAGAUUUACACUGGCCUGAAGAGUGCUGGCCGCCGCCUGGCUCAGUGCUCCUCUGUGGUCAUUAGGACAAGCAAAUCACUGCCAAUGCAGAUUGAUGGGGAGCCCUGGAUGCAGACCCCGUGUACUAUAAAAAUUACCCACAAGAACCAGGCUCCGAUGCUUAUGGGACCCCCGCCGAAAACUGGGUUCUUCUGCUCCAUCGUCCGCAGGACACGGACCCGCAGCAAGGAGUGAGCCCAGCUGCUUGGGUCUUGGCCACCGAGCGGGCAUCCUCCGGCUUGUGAACGUUCACUCUGGAAAGCUUCGACCCGAUUCUGUCGUCUGUAUGUGCCGCCAACCCUUGGAACUGGUUCUGCAGUAUCUGUGCCUGAGCUAAUGUACAAUUCUGCUACUAGAACAUUUCUUGUCCCAGUUUUAGAGGCAUUUUGCAUGAAGAAAGCAGAUGUUUCCAUAAAGUGAUACUGCAUAUAUCUGUGGCAUGCAUUCCCAUGGACUCAUAUGUCUCUCUCCACAUACACCCCACCCUAACCCUGCCCCCCUCUUGCAGCCCCUGCUUAGUAACUUGUGGGAGUAGCCUGUUGUGAAACCUGAAAAGGGAACUGCCAGGAGAAAUUGAUACUGUCAGUAUGAUCCCCUUUAUUAUCCAGCCCAGAUCAGUAACAGCAGGGUGAGGAUGCUAACCCUGGGCUGGCUAGAGGCUUAAGCGAGGUGUUGGAUGUAAAGCACUUUGUAGACCUUUAAACACACUAGUUAAAUGUGAGCUAUGAUUAUCAUUAUUAUUAUUACAAUUAUUAUUGUUGUCUUCUCUUUGGGAAC